UCAUCACCGCAUCGAGAGCAGCCAAUCAAAUCGUGUCAGAUCAUCUUCGAGGAUCGCUGCUGUUUCUAUUCCAAACCAUAAGUGAACCCCGGAAAAUUCCACUCCGCGUUCUGGCCAGUAGCAACAUAAAAAAACAGCAAAAGGAUGAGUGAUAUUGAGGCAAAGUUUUUCGUGCGGUCGUUCAUACGUUUCCUGAACGGGCAACUAGAGCAGCCGAACAUUAAUUCCGACUCCCGUGAAAGCUUAGAGGUGGCCAUACAGUGCUUGGAAAAUGUCUACGAAAUUGGACAGGAAGAAGGUGAUAACAGCCAGGAAAAUCCGCUGAAUCAUAUCGACUUGUUCGAAGUCUACCAGGGUACGUUCACGAAUGUCUCGCCGGAACGGAAGCAGGAAGCGGAGAACCUGAAGAACGAAGGAAAUCGGUUGAUGAAGGAGGAGAAGUACCAAGAAGCGCUGAACACGUACAGCAAAGCCAUCAACCGAGAUGCAACUAAUCCGGUGUUCUAUUGCAACCGUGCAGCAGCCUACAGUCGUAUGGGUGAUUACCAGAGUGCAGCGGACGAUUGUCGCAUGUCACUGCGGUAUGAUCCGAAUUACAGCAAAGCGUACGGGCGUCUCGGGUUGGCUUACUCGAAGAUGAACAAGCACGAGCAGGCUCUGGAAGCGUAUCAGAAUGCUUUGCGGAUCGAACCGGAUAACCAAGACUACAAGAACAACAUGAGUGUCACGCAGCAAAGACUGGAGGAACUCCGCUCUGCUCCAGUUGGAGCAGGCGUUGCCGGAGGAUUGCCCAAUCUAGGAGGUGGAGAGCUCGGCGGAAUCGACUUUGCAGCUGCUUUGAACAACCCUGCCCUCGUUAGCAUGGCCACAAGGAUGAUGGGCGAUCCGUCGAUUCAGAACAUGCUAGGUCAACUUAGCGGCAUGAACAACGUGGAUGCCCUAUUAGAAACCGGUCGGCAGCUGGCGAUGCAAAUGAGCAGCCAAAAUCCGGAUGUGUUUGCCAACGUGAUCCGACAGAUGGAGCAGACCGGAGUGGUUCCACCCGGCAGCACUCCCGGUGCCAAUCAAAAUGGUGGCAAUAAUGAUAACCAGCAGCCACCACCUCCGCCACCGGCAGACUCUUAAGUCACUGGGAGACGAUGUUUUAUAAGAGACGCGCGGAGAGAAUAAAAGUAAAUCUGGUUGCACGGUCAACUAAGUAAUUUUGUCUGCAAGGUUUGGUAACCCGCAAUUUUGUGUUUACUUCCGAGUGACUUUUAAUUUGACCGACUGUCGUCAUGGUAAAACGAAUACUUUUUUGACCGUAUGGAUUGUCAAUAUUAAUCAAAUUUUAAAGAAUUCCAUUAAAAUGCACGGCAUCCUUCUGUAAAAAU